AUGUCCGUCGUGGGGUCCCUCGGGGUGUACGACGAGGCUGUUCUACCAGGAGUAUCAAAUGCGACAAGCGUAGCCUCUUCCUCAUCGAACUCGACCGACGCUUUGAUCACCCGCAACUUCCGGAGUCUCAGCACGAUCAUCUGCAUUUCAGAGGCGCCGGAAGGAUCUUCAGUGAAGACGUCUUCAAGCCCCUCGAGCAUACUUUCGCGACUUGCGAACUCUACUGGUUCCUGCAGCUCGUCGUUCUGUGAAUCAUCCUCAGAUUUGGUGGUGAUAUCUUCCUCCACAUCCGGCGCCACCGAAAUUCUAUCCUCGGCAGUAGCGCUCAUAGUCAUCCUGCUCCGCGACCUCAAGACAAAUUGUGUAUUCAUCAGGGAUCUCUGGCACAUAGGCUUCGAGGCGUUCCUCAAAGUCAGGCCCAUGUCGGCCCCAUCGCUCUCAGCGGUGCUCUCACGAUCCAUGUCAACAGCAUCCAGAGGCUCUUCUAGGCCGUCGUUGAUAUGCUCCAUAUCUCCUUCGUGCUCACUUGCGGUCUCUCCGCGGUUCAUACCAAAAUCUUCGACAGCAUCUACCUUCAACAACUGCGGUGUAUAUGAAACGUCGUUGGAUUCCUCAAUAAAUUCAGGCUCGGCUUCAGGUUCUGGAGUCUCAGCAUCGUGUCUGCCCGCCAGGGCCUCCGUGACGAGCUCAUCAUCCGGCAUUUCCAAGGAACUUUCAGCAACCUUAGGGGAAGGGAUCUCCAACUCAUUCGGCCGGUUGGAAUCAGACUCCACAUGCUCAGUCAUUAGGGAUCUCGAGAAAAGUAGAGAGCUUUUAAACGGAGAGGCAACCUUCUUCGCAGGACUCUGGAGGAAGCUGCGUUUCAAAGGUGUUGACGAUUCCUGUAAGGACGGCUGUGACAAAAACGAGGCUCCAAAAAGUCCCUUCUUAGGUGACGACUUAAGCGGGGAGUUCUGCCCAGGUGUGAAGUUCGGCUGGGAAAGAGGCUUCAGAUCAUCGAAACCGAGAUUACCACGUCUCGGUGUCUCCAAGUUUGCCUUCCUUGGCGACGACUUUAGUGGCGAGUUGUCUGUGGGUGUAAAGUUAGGCUGA